AUGGCGCUACUCACAAUCGCUGCUGUCUGGUUGAUGGUUCUGGGCGUCCUAUUCCUCCAUCGGAACCGCCCUCAAAUCUCCAUCCCAGGCUAUAGAGGCCAAGGAGCCCUCGCCUUCCUGAGCGAUGCUCACGACUUUGCCACCAAGCCCAUUUCCCUGAUACACAAGGCGACCCGGCAGUGCGGCGACGUGUUUAGCAUCCAGAUCCUCUCCGUCUACAAUGUCUGGCUCCGAGGAAAUGAGCUCAACAAAGUGUACCUUGACACGCGUGAGGAUGUGUGGUCAUUCGUUGGCGGGAUGGGCUUGUUCCUGAACAAGAUCAUCGACGCCGGGUACUGGGACCACUACAGGACGCUUCUUUCUUCACUCAGUAGAUAUGUCAGUUGCGGCCCUGCCCAGGCAUAUGCCGCGACCGUGUCGGAGCAAGAGGCUCGCAAGGCGGCCGUCGAGUGGGAACAGAAACAAGACUUUGAGCUCUUCGACAGCGUCUCUCUCCUCGUCCAUAAGAUCAUAGUCCGUUCGCUCAUGGGUGACGACUUCUACGAACACAAUGCGCUGGAGCUUUUUGACCUUUUGCAUGCAAUGGAGGCUGACAUUGGCAGCCUGCUCUCCUUCAUCCUUCCCGAUUGGAUCCCGCAUCCACCUGCCAGGCGCCUGCGAAAAGCCCGUGAGCGCUUCAAGGAGAUUUUCCUGGAGCGCUUGCGGGAGAGGGAUGUCGCCGACAGGACUGACGCCAGGCCGUUGCAAGACUACGUUGCAUUUACCAUGGAAGACAAGGCAACAAUACCGCUGAAGAAUCUCAUGCCCAGCCAUCACACUAUCCUAAUGUUUGCCGCACAUACAAGCACAGCUGCGAGUAUCGCGUGGAACAUUGUUGCCCUCAUGAGACAUCCGGGUAUAAUGCGCCAGGUUACAGAAGAGCUACGUGCCGACCCGGAAGGCGAGCACUCGACCCUCUUUCAAGCUUGCAUCAAAGAAACGACUCGAUACUACUGUGGCAUGAAGCUGCUUCGGCUCGCUCGCCAGGAUAUAUGCAUCCCAGAAGCAAACAUCAACGUUCCAAAGGGAGCCAUCGUGUCCAUCAGCCCCUUACUAACGCACAUGGAUCCCGAGAACUACCCCAACGCCGAAGUCUGGGACCCAACCCGCUGGAUGGCCGAGUCAGACGACACGCUCGUGUCGACCGAGGACAUGGGCGACGGGAGCAUCAGCAAGGGGAAUGCGGGGGUCAAGUUCUUGCCUUUCGGGGGCGGGAGCCAUCGCUGUCCAGGGGAGAAGAUGGCCAUGAUCAUGGUCACCCGCGCGGUGGCGACGCUCCUGCGCGAGUACGACUUUGAGUGGGCGAGCCCGGACACGCCGUCCACGACGGACUUUACCGAUCUCAACUUUGACAAGGUCGGGACGCCGUGGCUGCGAGGUGGCGUAAGGGUUCGCAUCAGGAAGGCCUAG